AUGGCAUCAGCAGGUCUACAGCUUCUUGCUUUUAUUCUAGCCUUAUCUGGCAUUUGCGGCAUAAUCACAGCCACACUAUUGCCAAACUGGAAGGUAAAUGCAAACGUGGGCUCGAAUAUCAUAACAGCUAUUAUUCAACUUCAAGGGCUGUGGAUGGACUGCACAUGGUACAGCACCGGGAUGUUCAGCUGCACAAUCAAACACUCAAUCCUAGCCCUCCCUGUCUAUGUGCAAACUGCACGGACCACCAUGGUACUGGCUUGCAUCCUCUCAUGUCUGGGGAUCUGCAUUUCCACAGUGGGCAUGAAAUGUACACGGUUAGGAGGGGACAGACAGACCAAAAGCCGUACUACUUUUGCUGGAGGAGUAUGUUUUAUUCUCUCGGGUAUAUCUGGUUUAAUACCCACAUCAUGGUACAUGAAAGAGAUCACUUCAAAUUUCUGGGACCCAACAAUCCCAGAGCACAAUAAACAUGAACCUGGAGGAGCUAUCUACCUUGGAUUUAUUUCAACAAUACUACUACUUGUUGCAGGUGUGAUUUUCUGCACUUCCUGUUUAAAAAGGCAUCAAGAAGCUAGGCACUACCCUCCCAAGCAGCAGGGUGUCUUCACUACUCAGCCAGAGAAUAAUGCAGGCUAUAACCUGAAGGAUUAUGUAUAA